CCUCUCACUCUUAUAUUCAUCUCAUCUCAUCUCGCCUCAUCCAUCUCAUCUCCGGCUCAGGUUACCUCACUGACCAUCCCGUUGAAGUAAAUACCACAUGCCAAUACCGCAAAAUCCUACCAUCACGUUGAAUCAACAAUCACUACGUACUCGUAAUAUAAAUCAUAUUGAUAAUCACAAUGAUAAUGAUAAUAUCAACACUACCCGUCCAUUCGGGUCACGGCAGGGUCCCAAGCAGAUUCGAGCCCAACUGCCAGUUACGAUACAAAGACAUGGGAACUUCAAAAACAGCUCGCUGGCAGCGCUAAGCUCCAGUUGGCAACCGACCCGCCAUCACCACUCAGAAACCACGAGGCCGGCUAUGCGCUGUUCUGCUCUAUCAAUAAUACCGCCCCAGCCACGUCACGAUGUAUUCACUAUAACCAGACCAAGGGCUUUCUUUCUUUACCCCUGCAUCUGCCCUCACAAAUCGUUGACAAAUUACCCCAUCGUGGACCCCUACUCACACAUUAAUGAAGCCUUUAUACCUAGGACCUGGGAUGGCCACAUGCACCCGAUAUAAAUGGUCUCCGUAAUAGGUAGAACGUGCAUCCUCGUACGAGUACGGAGUACAGACCUCCAGAUCAUCAGACUAAAGCACCUAAAGAAGCAGCUAAGAUAGGAGUAUCCA